AUGGGGGUAGCAAACGGCAAAUAUGACGUUGAUUUUACUGAAGAAGUAAAUUUAUCACACUUUAAGUUACUACGUGUUGUUGGACGAGGUGCAUUUGGAAAGGUUCGAAUAGUUGAACGGCGCGACAACAAAAGAUUAUUUGCAUUGAAAUACAUUUCAAAGGAAGAAUGUAUCAAAAUGGAAGCUUUGCGAAAUAUAUUUCGAGAACGGUCCAUGUUGGAAGAAUUGGAUCAUCCUUUGGUAUGCAAUUUACGCUUUGCAUUCCAGGAUGAUGAAUAUAUGUACAUGGUCAUGGACCUUAUGAUGGGUGGUGAUUUAAGAUUCCACCUUAAUAGAAAAACGUUCACCGAAGAUGCGAUACGAUUCUGGAUAGCAGAAUUAGCAUGUGCAAUAAGAUAUCUACAUUCAAAAGGAGUUGUUCAUAGGGAUAUAAAACCUGAUAACGUCCUUCUUGACGACCAUGGACAUGCACACUUAACCGAUUUCAAUAUCGCAACACACAUAAGGCCAGAUAAACUUUUGACAUCACACUCUGGGACGUGUGCUUAUAUGGCUCCAGAGGUAUUUAGAGGUGGCGGUUAUGGCAUCACAGUAGAUUGGUGGUCACUUGGUGUUAUGCUAUAUGAAUGUAUAUAUGGAAAGCGUCCAUUUGAUUGUGAUAAUCAGGAAGAGUUAAAGAAAAUGAUUGUAAAAGCACCUAUAAAGUAUCUUGACAUGGACCCUCCUGUCAGUCCGGCUUGCGUCUCCGCGAUUCAAGGAUUUCUUGAACGUGACACAUCUCGUCGUUUAGGAUGUGGACCUAAUGGGUUCGCUCUUAUUCAGAGUCAUCCAUUUUUCCGUAAUAUUGAUUGGCCUUUGUUAGAAAAUAAACGGAUAAAUCCGAUUUUCAAACCUUCGUCAGACCGUAUUAAUUUUGACGCUACUUAUGAUUUGGAAGAAUUACUUCUUGAGGAACAACCUUUAGAAGCAAGACAUAAUAGACGUCGAAGAAGACGUAAAGAUGGUGAAGGUUCUGAGAAGGAAGCACAUUAUCAAUUAAUUGAAGAGAAAUUUAAGACUUUUGAUUAUACUGUGUUUGAGAAAUAUGAAGGUUGGGUUGAUCCUGUAACAAAAUGUGUUGCGGAUCCUCCGGAAUGGGUUAAACCUGCUGCUGUCGAAGUUUUAAAUCAAAUCGAAAGAGGAAGUCAAGAUGGGAUCGGUGCUAAUUCGGGUGAUCUUAGUAAUUUGGCUGGGAUAUCUUUAGACAAUGGAAUCAAAAUUUGA